GAUUUCGUUUCCCCAGAUUCCGAAUUCACCUCGCAGAAUUUGCAUUUGCUCAUCACUUCAUCAAUCAGACCGAAUUCAUUUCGAACAUCAAACUUAUCAAGAUGCCUCGUCGUUCUUCAAGCAGCAGUGGCGGAAAUCGCUCAUCGGCUAGAUCCGCUUCUACCUCAGCUCGUCAACCUGCUCAAGCUCCUCCACCAGUACCUCAUAAUGCACAAUCGUCCGUCCCAGCCGUUCAAGCUCCUACUUCCAGUGGACCUGGUCUCUUUGGUCAAAUGGCUUCAACCGCUGCUGGUGUAGCUGUUGGUCACACCGUUGGUCACGGUUUGUCAAACAUGCUCUUUGGUGGUAGUAGCUCAAAAGAAGAGACCCCAGCCCCAGCUCCUGUUCAACAACAAACGUUUGAGGAACGAAGAAUGGGUGGUCAAUGUGACAUUCCUGCCAAGGAUUUCACGAGGUGCUUAGAUGCUACAUCCGGUGAUAUCAGCUCUUGCAAUUAUUACCUCGAGCAACUCAAGGCUUGUCAGAACAUGUAUCAAUCUCACACUCAACAAUCCUCUUUCUGAUCUCAGUACCCUGUUCUCUCAAGUCCUAUGUUUGGCUAUUGUUUCAUACAAGAAUGAGAGUCUCUUAGUCAAUAGAAGUUUCAAGUGCUCAAUGAACCUGCUGGCUGACUUGGAAUUAAAUUGGGAAAUGAUCAGAAGCUGAACUUUUUAUGCUUGUUUACCUUGAAAUUCAAUAUAUCUGUGUUCAUCCCCACUC